AAAGAUCACGCGCUGUUGUUGCCGGACAGUAGCAGACAGCGAGCAAAUAUGAAUACGUGUAGCUUUUACUGUUCUGCAGAAGCGACAUUCAUCAAAAUAAUCAGAUAUUUAUGAUAUAUUUAUUAAAUCUCUCUCUUACAAUCGACAAGAGCUGAGAAGAAAUGCAUAAAGGCUCGUGCAUUCAUUUAGCUUGAAUGCACGUGCAUCCUCUGUUCAUUGAAAGAGUGUCGGCUGAUAGAAACAAACAUGAAUCAGUAUCUGAUUGUUCUGCUUUCUUUUGUGCAUAUAUUGGCGGAUUCGGAUUUUGCAAAACUCGAUGGUGCCCCGCCUUCUAAAAUAGCUGUUGUUGGAGCUGGAAUCGGAGGAACCGCUACAGCUCAUUUCCUUAGGCAACACUUCGGGCCGGAAGUGAGAAUUGAUGUAUUUGAGAAAGGGUCAGUCGGUGGUCGUCUGGCGACUGUUACCGUGAACCACCAAGACUACGAGUCCGGUGGAUCCAUCAUUCAUUCCCUCAACCUGCACAUGCAAGACUUUGUCCAGCAGCUGGGGCUGAAGUAUCGUAAGAGUGUGGCUGGGAAAACGGCAGUGUUCAAUGGAGAGGAGUUCAUUCUGGAGGAGACUGAUUGGUACCUGCUGGAUUUGUUUCGCUUGUGGUGGCGCUAUGGGAUCAGCUUCAUCCGCCUGCAGAUGUGGGUGGAGGAGAUCAUGGAAAAGUUUAUGAGAAUCUAUAAAUAUCAGGCCCAUGGCUAUGCCUUCAGUUCAGUAGAAGAGCUGCUGCAUUCUCUCGGGGGUUCAGGAUUCAUCAACAUGACCCGCCGCUCUCUUUCCGAAUCUCUGUUAGAAUUGGGCGUCUCCCAGCGCUUCAUUGAUGAAGUCAUAGCCCCGAUCAUGAGGGUCAACUACGGCCAGAACAUCAGCAUCCCUGCAUUUGUUGGUGCUGUGUCUCUAGCUGGUGCACAGGCCAAUCUCUGGGCUGUUGAAGGAGGAAACAAGCUGGUUUGCUCGGGACUGCUUAAACUAGCAAAAGCUAAUCUCAUCCAGAGUCCAGUUACAACCAUUAGCCUCCGAUCAACAGGAGAUGACCACCAGUAUGAGCUCACUUACGACUCUCAAAAUGAGAAGUCAUCGGAGCUCUAUGACAUUGUAGUAGUUGCGACGCCUCUCCAGCAAAACGUCAACUCGGGAAUCUCAUUCCAGGGCUUUGAGCCACAACUCCCAGAAAUGCCGGGCUCCUACCACCAAACUGUGGCCUCUGUCAUCCACGGCUACCUAAAUUGCACCUACUUCGGCUUCCCCGACCCAAAGCUAUUUCCGUUUUCAAGCAUCCUUACUACAGACACUCCUGGACUUUUCUUCAACAGCGCUGCCAGCGUCUGUCCGGUCAACAUAACUUCCGGAUUCCGCAGAAAACAGCCACAGGAGGCCGGAGUUUACAAGGUCUUUUCCCCAAAACCUCUGGAGAAGAAUGAGCUGAAGACCCUUUUUAAGUCCUACUACUCAGUGCAGGUCACAGAUUGGUUGGCGUACCCUCAUUAUGGAAGCACCCAGGGUUUGCCUCAGGUGGUGCUGCACGAUAACUUGUACUUCCUCAAUGGAAUCGAAUGGGCUGGAAGUGCGAUGGAAAUGAGCUCGGUGGCAGCUAAGAAUAUAGCUCUGUUGGCCUACCACCGCUGGAAUAGACAACUGGAAAUGAUUGAUCAGAAAGACCUCAUGCACAAAGUGAAGACAGAAUUGUGACAUUCUGCAUGGCGUUUUAAAGACACUAUGGAAUAUAAUAAGGAGGUGUUAUACUUACACAACAGUCUGGUUUCGGUUCCACACAACACGCUUAUGUCUUAGUUUUUCUUUUUUGAUGCAAAAUGCAAAAACGGUUGCAUGUCUGCUUGCUUGCCAGAUGUUUGGCGAACAUGAACAGCAUUGCGGUCUCAGGCUGAACGCUUGAUCUUUAUCAGGCGGCGGUAAUGUGUGGGACGUCUUCUACAUUACUGACCAACUUCAAGCCUCUGCUAGCUCACUUUUUAUCAGCUGAUGUGAUAAAGUAAACACGUUGUGUGGGGAGAUUUGAAAGUAAUUCUACAUUUAUGUAUUUUUCUUGCUGAAGAGGUCUUGUAGUUUCAAAAUUUUGUGUUCUACAUGCUAUGUAUGUGCAAUGUCAUUGGGCUAGGAAAAGUCUUAGCAGGAAUUCAUCUUUAUUUAUAAAUGAUUUAUUAUGAUAGCUUGACUUUCUCAUUUCAAUAAAUAAUGGCUUAUGAUCAUCUCA